AAUUCUGGCAGCUGAUUCGCACGCUUUCCGAUUAUAGCGCCAUCACAUGGGACAGCUAUUUGUUGUUCGUAUUUUAAAGCUGAAUCGUUUAACAAGAAUGUUUAUAAUUUAUUUUUAAGUUUAAUAAAUAUUCUGCCUUGUUUGAAACUACAUACGUGGAGUAAUAUCUAUUCGGACCUCGUAGAACGUUCAUUUGUCAUCGACUUAUUUGACUUUUCCCAAUUUUUGGUUCAUGAUACGUUAGAAACGUUGAAAGUGGGUAAAGAUAAACAAUAUAAAAGGAAACGCCACUUGUUGAUGGUACGCUAGUAUUAAAUUUCAAAAAUGGAAGACAAUUAUAAGAAAACAGUGAAAGAAGCUGCAACGAAUGCAAAUUCAGAACAAUUGGAUAUGAUCGAUGUUACUGUACUCAGCAAACCACGACCCACAGCAUCAUCCACUGUUGCAAGAAAACCCUUUUUAGGACGUCAAUAUCUGAAUGAUUCUCCGGAUGAUAAUUGCAAACGGAUUCUACUGAAUGAAACUAUUGAUAGGAAGAAUAUUAACGAUUCCUCUUUAGGGAUUCUUGAUAAUAUUUCAUCUUUGCUGAGUGAUAGCGGAACUACAGAAAGCUCUAAAAUAAAGAACAACAUUGAUACCGAAAGACAGCUUGCAAGAAAAUUGUUGGAAAGGUGUAGUGAACGGCAAACUUCAAAUUCUACUACACAAGCAAACAGUGGAAAUGUUUCAAGUAUUCAAAAUCAAGCCACUGACAACACACCUUCUACUCUUAUUGACUCUGUCCAUCAAACUUUGUUUGGUUCUUCACAAUCCAAUGCAUCAGUUUCUACGCUUCCUGCUGCUAUAUCUAGUGCCAAUAGUAUGAAUAUUGUGUUUGAGCCAGCUGAAAUAACAGCCCGUUCCUCCGGAAUGAGCAAUUCACAAGAAAAAUCUAUUCCGUCGAAUUCUAUAGCGAGUUCAGCAGGAUUCAGCUUUAAUUCUGGAGCUGCUGAAUUAAUGGCUAAAUUUGAGAAUGAAGAUUUUCUAUCAGGUUCUCAGGCAGGCAGUCGUAUGUUAGCUGAUGAAGUGUCUUUCCAACAAAAUUGCUCCUAUGCAUUACCAAGGACUACUAAUAAUGAAGAGGAGCGUCUGGAACUCUCUUGCUUCUCAGGAAUUAUUGGAGACCUAGAUCUUUCUUUGGAAUCUUGUGCGGGACGCAAGGUAUCCAUAGGUGAAUUCUUUAAACGGAAAUGUGAGAAAAUGGGUCAACUUUCAGAAGUAGAAUCUAUAGAACGACCAAGUUUUGGAGCAACUAUUACUAGUCCAAAGAGACUGGGUAACAGAAUGCCUCUCGUCGAUGUGACACUACAGACAGAGACAUCUUCCGUGUAUAAGUCUGACGAUAGUCCAAAGCCUACGUUAAAUAGUAGCGAAGCUCAAAAGAAACACAGUCUAAUGAGUUUGAGUACAAUUGCCCAAGCACUGAAGGACAUCGACGAUGCGACGCCUAGACGAUUAGUGGAUGAAUUGCUGAUGGCUAAAAAGAAAAGGAACAAGUGUUCGGAGAACAAACUCAAUAAAGCCGAAAUUGUUCAAAGCGCUACGUACACCUUGCUCCCUUCUACUAGACAAUCAAUGCCGACUACACCUACUAUUCAGAAUGAGAAGUUAGAAAAGAACUCACCGUCAUUUAAUGAGCCUGAAAGAUUUUCACUGGAUAGCAGAAUGAUAGGUGAUGAUGUUAUUCCACAUGAAACUGCACCUUCGAAAAUCUCAUUUUCUUCUCAUCUUGAUUAUAAUUCUCAUGUUACGCCUCAACUUUCGGAAGCUAUAUCAGAGAACAAGAAACGUAUGGAACAAAGUAUUGCUGGCCAAAAUAUAUUUGUCAAAAGCAGUCCGGAACCAGUUAAGGAAAAUAACAUGCCUGUUAGAUCAACCUCCUUACAAUUGGAAUCUCUGUUACAAGGUUCAUAUCUUGAGAAUUUAUCGAGAGAGAAAAAGGCAGUGUCAACUUUAGAGAGAAAAGAAUCUACGGACAAUCGAGCUGGAAAAAUUGUAGAUGCUGAAGGGAGGAUCAAAGAGCAGGAAUCGUCUGUUUCUGAUGUCAAACUUGAAUCAUCCACGAUUUCACAGCAACAAAAUUUCAAAGUCCUGACCAAAUCCAAUAAAGAUGCCGUCACUGUCAAGAAUACAGAAUUGUGCAGCUGCAUUGUUGGAGUACCGGGAGAAACAGAGCUUGAAUUAUCGAAUAAAGGGGAUAGAUGGAUAAUGUGUACUUUUAGUUUGAAUGAAACUGACGGGAUAAAAGAUAAAAUAGAAUUACGCUUACCGUCAGAAAAAAUAUUAAUUGAACCAAAUGCACGUAGAACUGUUAAGGUGAAAGUGAAAGUACCCCGAAUGGAUAAAUCACUUACUGUGCCAAUGGAUCUACGAAUAUCAGAUAUGGUGACGCACUCCAAUUGGUCCAUCAGGCAUACAAUGUGUUUUGUACCAGAAGAACCACACUUAACUGUGUUAACGCACUCUGGAAAUAAGGAACUCAACUUUCAAUUGGUUGCAGAAAAUUCUCAGAAGUCUCUGCCAGUUACAGUGGAAAAUAAAAAUAAUGUUGAUCUACCGGUGAAGCUUUACAUUUCUCAGACUGGACCAAAAUUAUUCAGCAUCGAUAACUCUCUUAAUGAAACGAUAACUCCUGAAAAUGAGAGUGGGGAUAUCAAAUGUUUGACACUCGCAUCGCGACAGCAGUAUACUACAAAUAUUUUAUUUAAAGGGACAGCUUUGACUUCCUUUGACUCUAGUACAUCUGAAAAAGGGUUGCACCAUAUAAUCGCCCAUUUCGUCGUCGAAGUUCAUACAGGCAAUGGGAAUGGUCAAGUACUUCAAAAAUUUCCAUUAAUAGGCUACAUAGGCACGUGUAAAAUUGAAGCGAUUGAUACGCCAUUGCCAAUUAUAAUACCCAGAAGGGAGAGCAAACCGUUGAAUCUUAUUAAUUCGGGAACUGUGCCCGUAUUGCUCAAGGCUACUGUGGUCGAGAGUGAUAACAUGAGAAAUCUAAAUUCCGAUUUUCGCGUUACUCCAGACAAUUUGUUUAUUCAAAUUGGCGAGAGAGUCGUUUUUAUGAUUACUCAUAAACCUAGCACUGAUACACCUGAUAGGUAUGCUGUAGUAAAAGUCUUAGCCGGAAGUGACGUGUAUUUUUAUCCAGUGGUGGGGGAAGAGAUUUCAAAAUCCGAACAAGCCAAUGAUAAUUUACUACGAUCGGAAACACCACAACAUCUCGAUGCGAUGGGUUCUCCAUCGUCGCCUCAUUCUCCACAUAGUGUAGCACUAAACAGGUCAAGAAAUUCUGGCAGAAAUUCACCAAGCAGUUCGGUAUCCAGUAUUCCAGUUUCUGGAAGUGUGAUACCUAUAAGAGCCACUCACGCAGCAUUAGUUUGGGGUAGCGUAAAAGCAGGAAAGUCUGAUACCAAAGAACUGACCAUUCGCAAUAUGAGCGACAAUAAAAUCAAGCUUCAGGCAAUUAUUGUAGACAAUGAGAAGAACUUUAAGUUUUUGAAAGAACGACAGACAACGGGAUCGAGUAUGAUCUUGGCUCUGCAGCGAAUGGAAAGUAGAACACUCUCGAUAAUAUUUGGACCCACUAAUCCUGGAGCCUGUGCAGGGAAAAUUACAUUUAGGCACUAUGAGGCCAGAAAAAAUAGCGGAAAUUCAUGCCCAUAAAAAUUCGUAAGUAUACUUGUCAUUCACCACUGUACAAUGGGCAACAGUGUUCUUUGUAACAUCAAUUCCUAGAUACACCUGUAUGGCUACGGUGGCUUUGGAAAAGUCGAAGUUUUGGAAGCGUUCAAAGAUGUCAGUGGACAGAUGUGGCUUUCAAUGGGUAGAUUUGGUUUGGAAGGAACUCUGAAUGCGAAGAUAAAAUUGCAAAAUUUC